ACAACGCUCUCAAGUACGUUCCUUAAAUCUAGUUUACAGGCAAAACCCUUGCCAGUCUUAAUGUGUAAGAGAGUGGCUGAAAUGAAAUACUAUGAAGACUACAAGAUAUACCGCACCCCAUAGGCUCUGUACUUCAGGUUGCUCUGGACAAAGCCAGAGACUGGGAAAACUAGGCACAAGUCAAGGUUUUUGGAAUUGUAUUUAUGUGUGAAAUUAGAGUUUGCGUCAACAGACUACUUUGGAUGCUAGUCAACAUGCUGUAAACCCGAUGCUGCAAUAAAAUGACAUCUGUCAGUGGUUUCUUGGCUCGUCAAAACCAAAGUUACAUUGAAAACAAACCAUCGAAGAGGUCAUUGUUUUCUCCUUCGUAGUUUCCCGCCGAAAGAGAGUUUGAAAGAUUUCCUAAAUCUAAACUUUGGCUGAUCGUUCGGUUAGUGUGUCUCAAGGGACUAACUCCCGGCUGUGUGUUGUCUUCUGUACCUUCAAUGACGGAUGCAUGGUCACUUUUUAUUUCCUUGACUGAGCUGAGCGUGCACCGUAGACGUGUGUUUAAAUUGAACUGAGCAGUUAAGCAAGUUCAGCAAAGAAUUGCAUUUUACCAUAUGAUCAGGUUUUGCAUGUAAACAUAGGGUGACUUUCAAGAAUUACCAAAGGACACUGAGUCUAAGAACUAUCCUCCUUUUCUCGAUUGGGAGACCCCCUUAUUGAUUGGUUGACCAAUCUCGUAGCUAGCGCGGAAUGUGGUUUCGAUGUUAUCAGGAAGACGGGAUGUGGUGUCAUAUCUGUCUCUCAUGAAAUGAUGCCAGUACGUUAUGGAUUCCGUGUAACUCAUCUGGUGAUACACAGAACAAUAAACCUAUUGAUCGUUCAGACGGGGAGGACAUAUCUCAUAAAGCUCUGGUGAAGCAAGUGAUGCAAGAUAAAGACAACUACGAAGAGAGAAUCUAAUGUAAUUUGUUUACAUAUAAACUGAACCAAAGAAGAGACGCAAUGGACUUAACGUACAUUUUCAACGUAUUCAUGUGCAUCAUUUACGCAGCAUCAUUUCGGGUUACGGCGGACUCAAGUGAAGACGAUAGCUGCGAGGACUCCAACUCAUCAGAUUAUGAAACGUUUUGUGAACGGUACCUUGUGUUGGCAAGAUGUCGGAACAACUUUGGGCCAGUGUGCGGGUCGAACGGUAUCACAUACAGGAGCGAGUACCAACUAGCCAUAUCGGCCUGCUCACACCGCAGAGAUAAUCCAAGCAUUCAGGUCACAAGAAGAGGGUCAUGCAGACGAAUCCCCAGACCUCCAGUUGUGCCAGUCCGACCUCCACCACCUGCUCGUGACCCCUGUGCCUUCCGAUGCCUGAGCGGACAGCCGUUCGUCUGUGGCAGCGACGGUGUGGUCUACGAAUCCCGUUGUCAUCUAAGGAGAGUUAACUGCUACCGCAACAUGGGCAUCACAGUCCGGAAUGAAGGAUUCUGUGUGAGCGAGUCAAGUCCUACAACGCCAGCACCAGCGAUAAAAGUUACCACUCCUGUUGCGACGACAUCUCAAGCAACAACACCUGUUAUUGUCACUGUUAGAACAACCCAGCUACCUGUUGUUACCACAGAGUUAACAACGCCCGCUAUUACGAGAAGAACGCCGAGAGAUUUUGGUGGAAAUAACACACCACAACCUGGUCGCGGUGACACGCCCUGCAAUGACAACUGCCCAGCUGGUCCCGCUGACGGAUCCGCCACCGUAUGUGGUUCGAAUGGCGAGACAUACGAAACAGAGUGCCUUCUCCUAGUUAAACAGUGCCAAGAGGACAGGAAUCUGGUUGUGUCAUCCCGUGGACCGUGUCCGCUGUCCCAAAGCCAAAGGCAGUGUCCUCCUACCAGUAUCUGUCCGAGGGAAUACCUUCCUAUCUGCGGUACAGGGAACAUCACCUACCCGUCGCUGUGCCAUUUCCAGAUAGCCGCCUGUAAGGCAAAGGAUGAUACAAGAAAGGUCCUUCUUGCUGGAGAAUGCCCACUAAAUUCGCUAAGCUCUUGCCCGACCUGUCCGCCUGAGAUAAACGAGGUAUGCGGGACAGAUAACAUGACUUACACCAGUGAAUGUGUACUCAGUGAAAUCUCCUGCCGUUACAACCUGCCUGAUCUGAUGGUGGCGCAUCUUGGGCAGUGCCUCAAUCAAGAAUGUCCCGAUACAUGCGUUAAUGUUAUGGAUCCCGUGUGUGCAAACAAUGGCAAGACAUAUUCCUCGCUGUGCGCCCUCUCAGUUGAAACUUGCAAAGACAAGGAAUCUCCCAUUACUGUGGCUUACAGAGGCAGAUGUUCAGGAGAUUUCUGUGAUGUCGUAUGCCCGGACAUCUAUGAGCCGCUGUGUGACAACAAAGGUACGACAUAUCAGAAUGCCUGUCAGCUAUGGAUCGCCAUUUGUAGAGAUCCCGGACUCACCAAGAAACUGGAUCAAGAAGGAUGCAAUCUCGCUAUACCGUAAACAACGGAGAGAAAAAUUAGAAAAAUAUACAUUCGUCAACUUAAAAAGUAGAUUGUAGUUCUUUCUGUGUGAUCAUUGAGCUCUUGUGCAACAAUCAGAAAGCCUGCUACUAAAUGCUAAUCUCUAAAUGUGCAGGAGUUGGAAUCCACUUACUUUAGGAGUCACACUAUCGAUCAUCUUGAUUGGAGUCGAAAUCUACGCUAUAAAGAUAGAAAUCCACUCUCUCUUUGUUUAUAACUACUACUUUGGAAUGCAUUAUUCAGCUGUAUUGCUGAAAUUAAAUAGAUUGAACUCUAAUACAGAUCGAUCCCUAUUACGGCUCUUAGAAGAAUGGAAUUUUACUCCCCUGCAUGAAGAGAGCAGAAUAGCUCCGAUUAACGUCAUCACAUCAAAGUGAAAAUCAACCGAUGUGUUUAUUGAUUAUUGUGAUUUCUGAAACUGAUGCUGUUUUAUACGAGGACGUGUCCGAAAGCAUUAUUGGACAAUGUACCCUAGAGUUUUUUUUAUGUUUUUUAAAAAGCAGUUGGCGGUUGUGGUUUGUUUGUUUCAGACCAUCAUAAUGUAAAGGGUACACUGCCAAAAAUGAUGUAAUUUAAACCCAUCAGCCUACUAUUCUAUCUUUUGGAGGGGGUGCAUCAACUGUAAAUACUUUUGUAUCUAUGGUAGUUCGAUUUUUCAUAUUGAAAUUAUGGAAGUCGUUCUUCCUAUUUUAUUUUUGCUCUUGAAAAUGUGUUUCUUAAAGCAUUACUUGUAUAACUUCGUUAUAUAACUUCGUUAUUAGAAAACGGAAAGAUAUUUACCUUGUUUGAUACGAAUGAUCAAGUUGACAUUUUUACUUUAUUUUGGAAACCGAUUAAACUAGUUGAAAUAUAUUUCGUAUAGGCAAUGACAUAAAUAGUACUAACAAAUUCGAGAUUUGACUUCUUCUCACAAUAAGAGGACUUUUAGGAUUAAUUGUGUAAUUUGUCCACGUCUAAAGUUAGUACUUUCGUAAGUUCGUGUUAAAAUUUGACGCGGAGCAACUAUCACCAGAGCAUGUCAGUGUUUUAAUAUUUUUUGUUUAAAGGUAAGAACUUCUAAGAUUGGUCCAAAAUCAGUAAGAAAAAGUAAGCUUCGUCUAAUCAUUUUGUGACAGUUCGCCUCACGCCCUAUGCACUAUAUUUUACACUUAUUUAAUAUAUAACAUGAAAUGUAAAAUUAAACCUAGCAUUAGGAGCAUUGCUAUUAGGAGCAUUCAAAUAAUAAGUGAUGAAGAACAAUAGUAACCCAAAAAAUUAAAAUAUAAAAACUAUGAUUUUACAUCUAGAAGUAAACCAGCGUUCAUUGUACAUGUAUAUACAUUUCAAAGAAAGAAGAACCUUUUAGCGUCGGAAGAAAAAAACAAAUAUGGUAAAUAAGAGCAUUUUCUUAUUUUCCCAUACACUUUGACAUUGAUGUUUGGCAACAAAGAUGAAUCACUGUACAGUUCUUUAGGAUAUCGAAACCUAAUGAAUGAAUAAAAUUCGUUUAUUUUUUAACAUUA